GGACAGGAAGGGGCGGCCGCCGGCGGGGAGCCAGAGAGAAGCAGGAAGUUUUGGGGAGCUCGCCGAGGACCGGGAAGCGGCUGCUUGGGGGACCCACUCGACGGGCUCAUGGAGGGUGGAAGUGCCCCCGGGAUGGCAAGCGACAAGGUGAAGAACCUCCAGAAUGAGGUGGAGGGUGUCAAGAACAUCAUGACGCAGAAUGUGGAGCGUAUGCUGGCAAGGGGAGAGAACCUGGACCACCUGCGCAACAAGACGGAGGACCUGGAAGCGACGUCGGAACACUUCAAGACAACCUCACAGAAGGUGGCACGCAAGUACUGGUGGAAGAAUGCCAAGAUGAUCAUCAUCAUCUGCAUCAUUGUGGCCAUCAUCCUGAUCUUGAUCAUUCUCUUUGCUACGGGUGUCAUCCCAACCUAACUCUCUUCCUCCUGGCAUUGGAUCUUCUCGGCUCGCUCCAACUCUGGCUCCUGUCUGCCACUGCUUCUCUUAGUCCUCAAAAUUACUAACGGAACCACCAGGCCCUUGGCUGAGCACCGCUGUCAGGGGUCCUUGACUGCUCCUUCAGAACACACAAACACACUCCCCUCCCUAGACUGCCCUUUCCUUCCUCACCAGCUCCUCCUCUCUUUAGCCUCAGGGCAAUAAGAAUCUCUGCCACCAGACCUUAAGAGCUUCGUUUCCACACUCCCUAAGUUUCCAAACAGACCC